GAGAGAGAGAGAGAGAGAGAGAAGAGAAGGUUGAUAGUAAUGGAGAGAAGAGAUCAGGGGAAACCACAAGCACUGAAGAAAGGGCUGUGGAAGCCAGAGGAGGACAUGCUCCUGAAGAAGCAUAUAGAGACGUACGGAGAAGGCAACUGGGCUACCGUUUCGGAGAGAUCAGGUUUAAUGAGAGGUGGGAAGAGUUGCAGGCUGAGAUGGAAGAACUACCUGAGACCAAACUUGAAACGUGGUGAAAUGUCUGAAGAGGAAGAAGACCUCAUCAUCCGAAUGCACAAGCUCCUCGGAAACCGUUGGUCACUGAUUGCAGGUAGGCUCCCUGGGAGAACAGACAACGAAGUAAAGAACUACUGGAAUACUCAUUUGAACAAGAGAUCAAGCCCUCAUCAUCAUCAGGCCAAACAGAAACACACCCGAGACGACGAUGAAGACAACAACAAACACAAGAAGAUGAAAAAACUCCAUCUAGAGUCUGAUCUUUCCAAUCAACCUGUUCACAUUGGAAGCCCCAGAACCAUCACUGGAGAAUAUAACAAUGAAGGGAGUAAAGAAGAUCAUGUGGGAAUAGAGACAAUCUCUGAUCCAGCUUGGAUGGAAAUAGCUAGCAGUCCUACUACUACUACUACUACUACUACUACUUGUAGGAUCUUCAGCGGCGACAUCAUACAAUCUCCCCCGCUGGUACUCCCUGCAGCCAACAAUGCAGCGUUCUUGUUGUAUGAUGGUGAGGAUGAGGAGCCUGUCGGGCUGUUUUCGGAUUAUCCAUGGCUUUGGCUUGAAACAGUGGGAGGCAGUGGAGAGAUGAUGAUCGCCAACUCAGACCCUUAGUCCCUCAUCAGGAGAAAAUAGGCAUACUCUUGCCCUAGCAGAAUAAAUAAGAUUACAUAUAUAUAUAUAUAUAUAUAUAUAUAUAUAUCCAGAAUGUCAUGAAUUCUCAAUACAUAGUAGAGGUGUUCUGGGUUUCCUUGUUGAAUUAUGCUUUUAUGCGUGUCAUGUGAACUCGCAAUGGUGACAGGGUAUUAACUCUUCGUGAGAUAUCACAUGGUGAAUAGUUACAGAAA